AUGCCGGCGCUGGUUGUUGAGAGUCAGGUUGUCAAGGAGGUCAGGAGGCUCGUGGAGCUGUACAAGGAUGAGGAGGUCAGCAUCACCAUCUGUGGCCACAGCCUUGGUGCGUCGGUCGCCACCCUGAACGCCGUUGACCUGGUGUCUAGCGGCAUCAACAAACCCGAGGGCUCCACUAAGUCGUUCCCUGUGACUGCUAUCGUGUUUGCGAGCCCUCACGUCGGGUGCCGCUUCUUUAGGUCGGCGUUCAACUCAUUUCCAGACCUGAAGACACUACAUGUGCAGAACGCUGGCGACGUCGUGCCCAUGUACCCACCUCUGGGAUACGUGGAUGUGGCCGUGGAGCUUACCAUAAGAACAAUCCGAUCUCCGUACAUGCGUAAGCCGGCCACAGUGGGAACACUCCACAAUCUCGAGUGCUACCUACACGGAGUGGCCGGGGAGCAGGGAAGUGCCGGAGGGUUCAAGCUAGAGGUGGAUCGUGACAUAGCGCUGGUGAACAAGGGUGCCGACGCUCUCACGGACGAGCACCCGGUGCCGGCGUGUUGGUGGGUCCCUAGACACAAGUUCAUGGUCAAGGGGGAAGAUGGGCGAUGGACGCUCCAGGAUUUCAAGCACAUCUGAGUUACUCACAUCGGCCAUUGAAAGGUAAAUUAGGCCUUGAUGUGAUUCACGACAUUGUACUCGUUACCAAGUUUCUAAAUAACGGCUACGGUUUGUCAAUCGUACCGAGUAUCUUUCCCUUUUUAUGCAAUAUAAGUGAAUGUUUCACGACAUUGUACUCGUUACCAAGGGUCUAAAUAAUGGCUACGGUUUGUCAACCA